ACAUCGGUCUUCCUAUCCUUGUCAGCUUGGACCGUGGACACCUUCUCGAUGAGCCCUAUAUAAGUUGAUAUCAGGAGAAUAAUAUCUCUCAAGCCCUCAAACCACUUCCAAACAUGAGUUUCUGCAAGCACUGCAUCCAAGGCGUACGACACGAGGGUGAGCCCCUGGGCAAAACCGAGACCAUCGCCGGUGUCACUUGCUAUAUCGCCACACCUACUGUCGACUAUCCCAAGGACAAAGUCGUCCUAUUCCUGCCGGACGUCUUCGGUAUCGAACUUAUCAAUGCCAAGCUUCUCGCUGAUGACUUUGCGAAAAAUGGCUUCAAGGUCGUUGCACCCGACUACCUCAACGGCGAUGCCCUUGCCGCUGAUGCCAUGAAUUCCGGCACGUUUGAUUUGAUGGGAUGGCUCUCUAAGCAUGGCGCCGAUCAGACCCGCCCUCCCCUCGAGAAGGUCAUUGCCGCACUCAAAGCGGAAGGCGUCACCAAGUUUGGCGCAACUGGCUACUGCUUUGGCGGUCGUUACACUUUUGAUCUUGCGUUUGACAACAUCAUCCAAUGCGCCGUCGUUGCCCACCCUUCGCUCUUGAAGAACCCUGCCGACCUCGAGACGUACUUUGCCAAAUCGAAGGCGCCUCUCCUGAUCAACUCCUGCGAAGUCGAUCAGAUGUUCCCUGCUGAAGCCCAAGCAAAGGCCGAUGAGAUUUUCGGAGAUGGGAAGUUCGCCCCAGGGUACAAGCGCGAGUAUUUCCCUGGUUGCACGCACGGGUUUGCUGUACGUGGGGAUAUCAAAAACCCACUGAUCAAAGCUGGGAAGGAGGGCUCAUUCAAGGCUACCGUGGACUUCUUCCUGGCGCAUUUGUGAGCAGUAUACCUGUCGCCGCAAUGUAAUAGGGUUUGGUACGAUUCAAUCCAAAUUCAAUAUUCAAUCUCGAAUGCCAAAACUAAGCUUGACGUAAGCAUGAUGCAAUCACAGCCACGUCGCUAGCCGUGCGAGCAUGCCAGCAAUGUUGAAGCGUAUGCAUCUCCAUGUGGGCGCGUCACAUCGAUGACAUAGUGUUCGCCUUUUCGAUGAGCCUUAUAUAAGG